AUGUUCCCGAAUGUGCACGGCGCCCACUACCAGGCGGUGAGGCGGGCGUUCCGGACGCUGGUCGCGGUGCUCGUUGCGGCCACCUUCUGGCUGGUGAAGAUCGUGCUGGUGAAGGUGCUGGCGUCGUCGUUCCACGUGGCGACCUUCUUUGACCGGAUGAAGGAGAGCGUGUUCCACCACUACGUGCUCGACGCGCUCUCCGGCCCGCCGCUGGAGGAGGAGGAGAGGGAGGCUCCGCUCCGGCACGGCUUCCAGGGGUCGAAGUCGCUGCCGGCGAGGUUGAGAGGCGACAAGUCGGCUCAGCAACAACUGCUGAUGGCGACGAGGUCGAAGAACUUCGGGUCAAGGAAGAUCGACAUGGAGAAGCUGAAGAAGCUGAGCACGAAGAGCCGGCCCUCGGCUUGGACCGUGAAGCGGCUCGUCAACUACAUCCGCUUCUCCGGCCUGUCCACCAUUUCCCGGACCGUCGACGACUUCGCCGCCGAGUCCUCCGAGAUCAACAGCGAGUGGGAGGCCAGGAGCUGCGCCCACCGGAUCUUCAAGAACGUCGCCAAAUCUGGUGCCAAGUACAUCGAAGAAGAGGAUCUACUGAGGUUCCUGAAGAGAGAGGAGGUGCAUACCGUAUUUCCGCUCUUCGAAGGCGCGAUGGAGACCGGCAAAAUCACCAAGUCUUCAUUCAGAAAUUGGGUGGUGCACGCCUAUUUCGAGCGUAAGGCGCUCGCGCAUUCCCUUAACGACACUAAGACCGCCGUGCAACAGCUGCACAAGUUGGCCAGUGCGAUCGUGGUGGUGAUCAUAAUCAUCAUCUCGCUCCUGGUGUUGGGGCUGGCCACCACCAAGGUGAUCUUUGUGGUCACGUCGCAGCUGCUCCUCGUGGGGUUCAUGUUCCAAAACACCUGCAAGACCGUGUUCGAGUCCAUCAUCUUCGUCUUCGUGAUGCACCCUUUUGACGUCGGCGACCGCUGCGUCAUUGAUGGCAUUCAGAUGAUUGUAGAGGAAAUGAACAUUCUGACGACGGUGUUCCUGCGCUACGACAUGGAGAAAAUUUAUUACCCCAACUCAGUCCUGCUCACAAAGCCGAUUAGCAAUUUCAGGAGAAGCCCGGAAAUGGCCGAUGCUAUUGAUUUCGCUAUCGACAUUUCCACUUCGAUUGACAUCAUCAAUGCUCUCAAGAAGGCCAUCCAAUCGUACAUAGAGAGCAAGCCGAAGAACUGGAGCCCCAAGCACUCGGUGAUAGUGAAGGAGAUCGAGAACGUGAACAAGAUGAAGAUGUGCCUGUGCGUCCAGCACACGAUGAACCACCAGAACUACGGCGAGAGGAGCAGCCGGAAGUCGGAGCUCAUCCUGGAACUGAAGAAGAUGUUCGAGAACUUGGACAUCAAGUAUCAUCUCCUGCCUCAGGAGAUCCAUCUCUCCCAGGUCAACCUGCCCACUGGCACCGCAAGAUAUGCCAAUGUCAUGUGACAUACGAUGAGGAUUG